AUGACGCAAUCAUACGAAAAAUUUCAAUUUCUAGCCAAUCUCAAUCAUUGCACGAACAAAGACAAGAUCGAAAGCUACCUGACAUCAACACUAGAAGUCAUCCAUCAAUACAUCAAGGUAUUGCGAACACUCAAGAAUCUUGCGACAGAUCUGGUUGGAUAUAAGCAGAGAGCAAACUUGAGCGGUCCAACGGCUACGUCAAGCAGAUGGUGUGUGAAAUGCGAAAUUGGACAAACUGAUUGCGUCGCAUCAGACCUCGAAGCCGCGUUGGAAAGAGAAGAAAAAGCGAUCAACGAUUUCAACAAUUGA